AAAAAAACACACUGAUGCAUCGGGACCGAGAGUGUUAAUGUCUUCACGUUUGUUAGAAGGGAAGACUCACGCCCAAGACAUGAAUUUAUCAUUUACUUUUUUUUUUCUCUUUCCUGCUGCAGAUUGAAAAAGCAGAACAUUUACUGACUGGGGAGUGUUCGCCAAAGCAAGAGGGAGAAAAUGAUGAACUUCAGGAGAUUGUGUCUUCGUUCCCAUCACUUCUACUUUGUGGUUUUUCUGGUGUUUGGAGCAUGUUUCCUGUUUUACUACAUGGACGUAAAUGAAGUAGUGCCUGAGUGGGACCAUAAAUGGAUCAAAGCUGUCAGAAAUCAUGGAUUAAAUGUUACUGCAGACAACAGGACUGAUCCUAGAUCUACAUCUGAGCCCAACACUACUGCUGAGAGUCAGAACAUGACAUCAACACAGGAGGCCGACCCCUCUACACCACAGCAGACUGCACAUCCUUCAGUGGUGGAUCAGAACCCAGCUGUUCCUGAUGUAUCUCUUAGACCAUACUUAGUGGAAUACCCCUACAAGUACAACUUCCUCAUGAAUGAGCCUCAGAGAUGUGAGCAGGAGAAGCCCUUCUUGGUCCUCAUGGUCCCUGUGGCCCCCCACAACCGGAAGCACAGAGACGUGAUCCGCAGCACCUGGGGAGGCCAGAGCUCGGUCCUGGGCAAAGAGCUGAGGCUGUUCUUCCUGCUGGGGCUGCAGACCGGAGACGGGGCCGAGCUGCUGCGAGAGCAGCUGCUGCAGGAGAGCAAAGAGCACCGAGACCUGAUCCAGAGCGACUUCCUGGACUGCUACAAGAACCUGACCAUCAAGACCAUGGUGAUGCUGGAGUGGCUGGACUCUUACUGCUCCAACGCCUCUUACGCCAUGAAGAUCGACUCAGACAUGUUUCUGAACGUCCCAAACCUCAUCAAGAUGCUCCUAGAGGCUCCAAAGACAAACUACUUGUCCGGAUUUGUGGAACGUCAAGGUAGAGUGCGUAGAGAGAAAGACUCUAAGUGGUACAUACCUGAGGAGCUUUACUCUGAACCAGUGUUGCCACAUUAUGCUCUGGGUCUGGGCUACGUUUUAUCUUUAGACCUCCCAAAAAAGCUGGUGGAGGCAUCCAGACACGUUAGAGCUCUCUACAUUGAAGACGUGUAUCUGGGUUUGUGCAUGAAGCAUGCAGGGAUCCCUCUGACUGACCCUCCAAGUGGGAACUACUUCCACUUUAUGCCAGUGCCGUACAGCCGCUGUGAUUUCUCCCAGAUAGUCGCCACCACAACCAAUGAAAACAUGGACAGAAUAUGGCUUUGGAAAGACUUUAACAGACCCGGCCCGUACUGCUGAGACGUUCACAAUCUGUUGAUUGUUGGAAAUAAGUGUUAAACAGAGCACGAAGCAGAUGUGGAGCUCCUGUUGUUCAGGUUAAAUCUAAAUGUAGGAAUCUGAGGAUAAAACUCAGUCACUGCUGAAUAAAGUCAAAACACACACUCGUUCUUUUCUUUUCUUUUUUCUUUUUCUUUUUUUAAAAAUAGAGGAAUUUGAGGAAAAUUUGAAGCUGCAGUUACACAUCCAUUUGUUUGGCAAUGUCAGACAUGUCGACAAACAGACACACAGAAUGAGAGACCACACCGGUCAACAUUUUUUUUGUUUUUGUGUUUUUUAACACGGUGUUUAUCAGAAACCUGUUUGCCUCUCCCUGUUCUGCAUUCUGAAGUGUCAUGCUCCAUGUAUGUUUUAUCUCAGUGUGUAAAAUAAACCAUCAGAACAUCGAGCUCUUACCAGCACCCGGGACAAAUGCUUUGUUUUCUUAGAUUUUUAUCGUUUCUUAUACAUAACAGGCUCUUUUUACAAUGGUUGCAGGCAGAUUAAAUCACAUUCAGUGUGUUUAUUAAGGGUAGAAUUUUCUAUAAUCAUUAACUCGUCUCAUGAAAAGAUAUUUGUCUGUCGUUUUCACUUGGAUGUUAUACAUUAAUAAAGAGAUUAAGUUUGAUUAAGUUUAA